AUGGAUAAUGAACAAGUGACUGAAGUGGCUUUGCCUAAUAUUAAUUCCAGCAAUUCUGAAGAAAGAAUCGCAGCUCGAAGACUGCGUGUCGCUAAAGCAGAAGAGCGAGCAGUGAUGGGUGAAGACCAUAUGUCAGAAGAGGCAGAAGAAAAAGAGGAGCCCAGCAAAAGCAUCCAGCAAAUAGAAUUCAGUCGCCAACGAUUGAAAAAGCUUGAGUCUGAUGGCACUCAACUAGUGACCAACAUCCGUGUUGCUGGAGAUGCUCGUGAGAGUCAGCGCCGGGCAGAAUAUGAGGAAAGUGCACGUAUUAGAAAAGAAAAGAUGGAGCAAGAAGCUAAGACUUCUGCAGAGAGACUGGAAGAGAUAAACAAAAAAUGGGAUAUUGCUUUGCAAAAAGAUAUUCCUCAAUCUCUGCAUGAAGCUCUUUUGCAACAAAAGUUGGCUUGUGAUGCUUUACGAGAUGAGAAAAAUAAACUCAUUAAUGACUUUCAGCAGGAGCUGAAAAUGUUUGAUGACCGUUAUGUGAAGGAUUUGAAGAAACAGGCAGAUGACAUUGAUUUAUUAGUAGAGAGAAUGGAAGAACAACUGAAAACACAGAACAAAUCACUGAGAGAUGAGCUUGAUCUGAUUGAGAGAGCUUUUCUUUCAGAACGAGAAGAAACACUAGAAUUACACAAGAAAAAAUGGGAGGAGAAAUUGGAUUAUCGCCGUAUGAAAGAGCAAGAGUAUCUUGAGGCUCGUCAAAAACGGGUGAAUGAUUUUGAGGAACAAAUACAUCAAGUACGGCUACAGGAUGCUGAAGAAUAUCAACAGGUUAAAAUUAAGCUGGAGACUGAAGUGCAGGUAACAUUUUUAUUUUUUUGUCAAUUCUGUUCUGUACCCACUAUCUUUCUUUCACAUUAA